AUGGAGAAUGAAAAUAACAAUAAGAAUAAUGAAGAUUAUGUUGAAGAUAAACCAAAAUUUAUAGAUGAUAGUUGGUUAGAUACAUUAAAGCUUACAUCGAGUGAUCAUCUUGCUCAGUUGGAUCGUGCAGUAUGUCCAAAUUGCAAAAAGAAGAGAAAAUACUUUUGUUAUGAUUGUUAUAUUCCAUUCGGUGAUCCUGAAUUAGCACCGAAAUUAAAGUUACCAAUUAAAUGUGAUAUUUUACAUUAUCCAACAGAAUUAUUAUCGAAAUCAACAGCGAUUCAUUCGAAAGUGGUUGCAAACAGUGAUGUUUCUAUUUAUGAAUUUCCAGAGGUACCAGACUACGACGUUGAGGAAACAGUUUUGCUGUUCCCAUCGGACACCUCCGAUUUCGUGAGAGAGUCUGAUUUGUCCGGCGUGAAACGUGUCGUUUUCAUCGAUAGUCAGUGGCACACUGCCAAUAGAAUUCUUAGGGAUGCACGUGUCAAGAAGUUGCGUUGCAUCAAGAUCGAUCAACACAAGACACUGUUUUGGCGUUAUCAAAAGCAUGGUGAUAGUUUUUUGGCUACCAUCGAAGCGAUCUACUACUUCUACAAGGAAUUCCACCAGCGUCUACACAACAACACCUACGAGGGUCAAUAUGACGACCUCCUCUAUUAUUACACCUUUUUCUACAGACUCAUUCAAAACACCUACAAAGAGGGUGAUCGUCAUUUUUGGAGAAAAGAAAACUAUAUUAAACCAGAGAAAACUUUGGAAACGACAACAACUUCUGACAAUCAUAAAAAUGAAUCAGUAGCAACAACUAUUACUACUACUACUACUACAACAGAAGAGCAAACAACAAAAUCACUUGAAGAAUUAAAGAUUUAA